CCGUGACAGCCAGUGGGCUUGGGGGACUGCAGGAGCCGGCGGGCAGGAACAUCCCUGCGCUGCGCGGUCAGUGCCUCCCCAUCCCUUCCAACAGGGCUUUGCUCCUGCCCCGCACAGAGCCUGAGGGCUCGGGGCCCGGCUGACUGGCCACAGAGAAUCCCAGGACAUCCUCACCACCACGCAGCUGCUUCCGUCCCCUGGAGCAGGGCUGAGCCCGGGAGCACCAGGAUGGAGCACCCUCAGCCCCGCACUCUCGGCAUUCCUAGGGCAAUGAGGUCUGGGAGACCUUUGGACAAGGGAUGGCCGACCCCCACCCCCUGAGUUUGCGGGGCCCUGCCAGAGGAGCUGCCGUGGGCCAGACAUCCCGCCCGCUGCAGGUCACAAAUGAGGACAGCACAGCACGAGGAGCUCAGGCGGCCUGCCCGGUGCCACAAAGCCACUCCUGGCAGCAAUCCCGGACCCCAUGAGGAAGCAGGAGGUGCGGACCGGUGGGGAGGCAGGCCCGGGCCGAGGCCCCGGCUCCCCCGCUGGGCAGGUGAAAGCCCUCAUGGACCUGCUGGCCGGGAAGAGCAGUCAGGGCUCCCAGGCCCCACAGCCCCUGGACGGGGCGCCACAGUCCCCCCUGGGGCCUCACAGUGAUGAUUCGAGGAUACAGAAGUGCCGGGAGGCUCUGCUGAACAGGGUGAAAGGCAGCCCGGAGCUGGGCGGCCCCUCGCCCAGGCUGACCAGUCUCCUGCUGCUGGAGGGGCUGACGGACCUGCAGCUGAGGGAACACGACUUCACACAGGUGGAGACCACACGUGGGGGCUGGCCCACGGCCAGGACCAUCACCCUGGACAGACUCUUCCUGCCUCUGUCUCGGGUGUCCAUCCCCCCCCGCAUCUCCAUCACCAUUGGGGUAGCUGGCGUGGGUAAGACCACCCUGGUGAGGAACUUUGUCCAGCUCUGGGCCCGGGGACAGGUUGGCAAGGACUUCUCCCUGGUGCUCCCUUUGACCUUCCGAGAUCUCAACACCCACGAGAAGCUGUCAGCAGACAGACUCGUCCGCUCCGUCUUCCCGCACAUCGGGGAGUCUGGGCUGGCGGCCGCAGCCCCACCCAAAACCCUCCUGAUUCUGGACGGCCUGGACGAGUGUAAGACAACUCUGGACUUCUCCAACACCGCGGCCUGCACGGACCCCAGGAAGGAGAUGCAGGUGGACCAUCUGGUCACCAACAUCAUCCGGGGCAACCUCUUCCCGGAAGUUUCUGUCUGGGUCACUUCCCGCCCUAGCAUGGCCGGCCAGAUCCCAGGGGGCCUGGUAGACCGGAUGACAGAGAUCCGGGGCUUUGAUGAGGGGGAGAUCCAGGCGUGUUUGGAGGAGAUGUUCCCCGAGGACCACACCCUCUCCGACUGGGUCCUGAGGCAGGUGCAGGCAGACAGGGCGCUGUACCUGAUGUGCACGGUCCCAGCCUUCUGCCAGCUUGCAGGGUCGGCACUGGGUCACCUGCGCCACAGCAGGCCGGGGCCCCAGGACUCCGGGCAGUGGACUCCGAGGACCCUGUGCGAGCUUUACGCUUGGUACUUCAGGAUGGCCCUCGGCGGGGAUGGGCAGGAGAAGGGCAAGGCGAGCCCUCGCAUCGAGCAGGCGGCCCACAGCAGCCGCAAGGUGGUGGGCACGCUGGGUCGGCUGGCCUUCCACGGGCUGGUCAGGAAGAAGUACGUGUUCUACGAGCAGGACCUGAAGGCGUUCGGCGUGGACCUCGCUCUGCUGCAGGGCGGCCUGCGCGGCUGCCUCCUGCAGCGGGAAGAGACGCUGGCCGCGCUGCCGGCCUACUGCUUCCUGCACCUGUCCCUGCAGGAGUUUCUGGCCGCCGCGUAUUACUAUGGGGCCGCCAAGCGGGCUAUCUUCGACCUCUUCACCGAGGGUGGCGUGUCCUGGCCCCGCCUCGGCUUCCUCACGCACUUCAGGAGCGCGGCCCAGCGGGCCAUGCAGGCCGAGGACGGGCGGCUGGACGUGUUCCUGCGCUUCCUCUCAGGGCUCCUGUCCCCCAGGGUCAACGCCCUGCUGGCAGGCUCCCUGACGGUGCAGGGUGAGCACCGGGGCUACCGGGCCCAGGCGGCCGAGCUCCUGCAGGGCUGCCUGGUCCCCGACGCGGCGGUGUGCGCCCGCGCCGUCAACGUCCUGCACUGCCUGCACGAGCUGCAGCACACGGAGCUGGCCCGCGGUGUGGAGGAGGCCAUGCGGAGCGGGGGCCUGGCGGGGCUGACCGGCCCCCGGCACCACGCGGCCCUGGCCUACCUCCUUCAGGUGUCAGAUGCCUGCGCCCAGGAGGCCAACCUGUCCCUGUGCCUCAGCAAGGGCGUCCUCCAGAGCCUGCUGCCCCAGCUGCUCUACUGCCGGAGCCUGAGGCUGGACAACAACCAGUUCCAGGACCCCGUGAUGGAGCUGCUGGGCAGUGUGCUGAGUGGGAAGGACUGUCGCAUUCAGAGGAUCAGCUUGGCUGAGAACCAGAUCAGUAACAAAGGGGCCAAAGCUCUGGCCAGAUCCCUCCUGGUCAACAGAAGUCUGAUUGCUCUGGACCUCCGAAGUAACUCCAUUGGACCUCAAGGGGCCAAGGCUCUGGCAGAUGCUCUGAAGAUUAACCGUACUCUGGCCUUUCUGAGCCUCCAGAGCAAUGCAAUCAGGGAUAAUGGUGCCAGGUUUGUGGCCGAGGCCUUGGCCGCCAACCGGACCCUCUCUGUGCUACACCUGCAGAAGAAUACCAUUGGGCCUGUGGGAGCCCAGCAGAUGGGAGAUGCCCUGAAGCAGAACAGGAAUCUGAAGGAGCUCAUAUUCUCCAGUAACAGCAUUGGCGAUGGAGGUGCUGAGGCCCUGGCUAAGGCCCUGAAGGUGAACCAGGGCCUGGAGAGCCUGGACCUGCAGAGCAAUUCCAUCAGUGACACGGGUGUGGCAGCGCUGACGGGGGCCCUCUGCAGCAACCAGACCCUCAUCAGCCUCAACCUGCGGGAAAACUCCAUCAGCUCAGAGGGAGCCCAGGACCUGGCUCGAGCUCUCUGCAGCAACAGCACCCUGAAGAGCCUGGACCUGACAGCCAACCUCCUCCACGACCAGGGCGCCCAGGCCAUCGCGCUGGCAAUGAGAGAAAACCAGGCCCUCACGUCCCUUCACCUGCAGUGGAACUUCAUCCAGGCCGGUGCUGCCAAGGCCCUGGGACAAGCACUACAGCUCAACAGGAGCCUGACCAGCCUCGAUUUGCAGGAGAACGCCAUUGGGGAUGAAGGUGCCUCCGCAGUGGCCAACGCACUAAAGGCCAACACAGCCCUCACUGCUCUCUAUCUGCAGGUGGCCUCCAUCGGCACCCGGGGGGCCCAGGCGCUAGGGGAUGCCCUGGCUGUGAACAGGACCUUGGAGAUUCUUGACUUAAGAGGAAACGCCAUCGGGGUGGCCGGAGCCAAAGCCUUAGCAAAUGCUCUGAAGGUCAACUCAAGUCUCCGAAGACUCAACCUUCAAGAGAAUUCCUUGGGGAUGGAUGGGGCGAUAUGCGUUGCCACUGCACUCUCUGGGAACCACGGCCUCCAGCACAUCAACCUCCAGGGAAAUCACAUUGGGGAAUCUGGUGCCAGGAUGAUCUCAGAGGCUAUCAAGACAAAUGCUCCUUCAUGCACUGUUGAAAUUUGAGCAAAACAAGUUCCUGGUGGACCAGGCAAGAGAAAAGGCAGAGAAGCCAACAGGAAACUUUUGAACAAAAAGACCCCAGUCUAGGGUUCCUCCCUAAGGUCUGGGAAUGAUGCUGACCUGCACAAACGCUGGUCUCCUGCAAGAAAGCAGGAAAGGUGCUACCAAUGGGGUCAGGAGCACCUCUCCUGGUCCAGGGUCUGUCCAGGAAGGGGUGACAUGGAUUCUCCGCUAUGGUACAGAGAAGGGAAGGUCUCUGCCACAGGACUCAGGGACAUAGGCCUUACAGCUCAGCAGGUGAGAAGCCGGUGCGAGCUUAUUCAUGCCUUCGGGUCUUCAUGCACCCCUAACUUUUAUUAUUACUGUCCUUUUCUGCUGAUUAAAAUCAUCUCCCUCUCUCUGAAAUGAGCUGCCCCCUUCAAGCCUAUGCAAAGUGUCCAUUUGGCACUGGUGACAGAAGGGACCUUUCUUUCCU